AACGAGUGAGGUGGCAUUCAUCCGGUUCCUGCUUCUAGCAACACAGCAAAAGAUAGAUUGUACAACAAGCUUUUGCUCUAUCACUAUAGCCUAGCCAACUAUUGUGCAGAAUGAGAUAUGCUUGCAUCAUAGCCUAUAGACUACCCUGCGUUUAUUCAGACUUCAAUAAGCGGAAAGUAGCCUAAAGCCCAGGGCUGAGAGGAAACAGAGGCUAUCGAGAGGCAGGACUACGCUGGAAUAAACCCUGCAGUCUCACCCAUGCUUCCUCCCGAAUAGCCUACUUCUCCAGCUGUUUUACACUGUCCCCACUACUGUUUUGACGUUAUUUAUUUUUUCUGCAAAGGAAAGAACCGAACCAUGGAACUUCUUUGCUUCGAGGACAAAGUCGUGCUUGCCCAAAUUGACCCCAACAUUCUCUAUGACGACAGAGUAUUGCAACGUCUGCUAACCAUAGAAGACAGGUUUCUACCGCAAUGUUCGUAUUUUAAAUGUGUCCAGAAGGACAUUCAGCCAAAUAUGAGGCGAAUGGUUGCAGGAUGGAUGCACGAGGUUUGUGAAGAGGAGAAGAGUGAGGAAGACGUUUUCCCCUUGGCUAUUAAUUAUUUGGACAGAUUUUUAGCGGUGGCGCCCACUAGAAAGUGUUAUUUGCAACUUCUAGGAGCUGUAUGCAUGUUCCUUGCAACAAAGUUAAAGGAGAGUCGUCCAUUAACUGCAGAAAAGCUGUGCAUGUACACAGACAACUCCAUCACACCAAGGGAGCUGCUGGACUGGGAGUUGGUGGUCCUAGGGAAGUUGAAGUGGAACAUGGCAGCAGUCAUCCCAAAUGACUUUGUGGAUCACAUCCUACACAGACUGCCCCUGCCCAAAGAUAAGCUAUCUGUGGUUCGCAAGCACACACAGACAUUCAUCGCCCUGUGUGCCACAGAUUUCAGCUUCGCCAUGAACCCCCCCUCCAUGAUCGCUACGGGCAGCGUGGGGGCGGCCGUCUGCGGCCUGCAGCUGGACCAAUCAGACCAGGCCCUGAGUCGAGACCGUCUAACUGACCUGCUGGCCAAGAUCACCAACACUGAGGUGGACUGUCUGAAGGCGUGUCAGGAGCAGAUAGAGAGGGUGUUGGCCAGUAGCCUGCAGCAGGAGCAACAGCAGCAGAGGCAGAUGGCCCAAGGCAGGCCAGGCAGCAAGGCCAUGGAGCAGCAAGACCAGUCCAGAACUCCAACAGACGUAUCCAGCACCCCAACAGACGUACGCGACGUCAACCUAUGAGCUUCCCACCACCACCAUCUACAUGAGAGAUGCCCACCAGUGAGCUCCCACCAAUUACGUCGCUCAGUCAAUCUAUGGGAUCUAACAACAUUCGCAAUGUCAAGCAAUGAGCUGCCAGCACAUACGCCAAGUCAACCAAUGAACUCCCACUACUAAAUGCCACACCAACCUACGAGUUCCCACCCUUGUUUGUUAAGUCAACCUUUGAGGUCCCACAAAGUUUGGGAUGGCAAUCUAUGAGCUGUCAACAGCAUCAUGCUGGAAUUAUCAACUGAUAAGAACUUUUACAAACAAUAUAGAGAAUAGGUAAAAAAUUAUUCAAUGGGUGGCUCCCAUCUAUAUUUAGCUGGUCACAUAUUGACAUAUGUGCCAUUGUUAAAUUAAACAAGCUUUUUUUAGACCCAAUGUAUUUGAAAACUUGAUAGUGCCUUAGGUUUGCAGAAAGGAAACCUGAAUAGAUUUGCAUCAUUGAAUUAUUAAAUAUAGAAAUAUA